GGUUCGAAUCCUGGUUUUGCCUGUCCUCAUUUACACAGAGGACAUUGGGCUGAGGACGUGCCCCGAGCCUGAGUCUCUUCUUCUGUCAAAUGGGGCGAUUGAUCAAACCUGCCUCAUCCAACCCCUCUGACUCCUCUUCCUCAGCCACAUUCCUGAAUGUGGGGGCCGAGAUCUCUAUCACCCUGGAGCCUGCCCAGCCGAGCGAAGGGGACAACGUCACGCUGGUCGUCCAUGGGCUUUCGGGGGAACUGCUCGCCUACAGCUGGUAUGCGGGGCCCACACUCAGCGUGUCAUACCUGGUGGCCAGCUACAUCGUGAGCACAGGCGAUGAGACUCCUGGCCCGGCCCACACGGGGCGGGAGGCUGUGCGCCCCGAUGGCAGCCUGGACAUCCAGGGCAUCCUGCCCCGGCACUCAGGCACCUACAUCCUGCAGACCUUCAACAGGCAGUUGCAGACCGAGGUGGGCUACGGACACGUGCAGGUCCAUGAGAUCCUGGCCCAGCCCACAGUCUUGGCCAACAGCACAGCGCUGGUGGAACGUCGAGACACCCUGCGCCUCAUGUGCAGCAGCCCCAGCCCCACCGCCGAGGUCCGCUGGUUCUUCAACGGUGGGGCCCUGCCCGUCGCUCUCCGCCUGGGCCUGUCCCCUGACGGCCGGGUGCUGGCCAGGCACGGCAUCCGCCGGGAGGAGGCCGGCGCCUAUCAGUGUGAGGUGUGGAACCCGGUCAGUGUCAGCCGCAGCGAGCCCAUCAACCUGACCGUGUACUUUGGCCCAGAGCGUGUGGCCAUCCUCCAGGAUUCCACCACCCGCACAGGCUGCACCAUCAAAGUUGACUUCAACAUGUCCCUCACCCUGUGGUGCGUGUCCAGGUCCUGCCCAGAGCCCGAGUAUGUGUGGACCUUCAACGGGCAGGCCCUAAAGAAUGGCCAAGACCACCUCAACAUCAGCAGCAUGACAGCCGCCCAGGAGGGGACGUACACAUGUAUUGCGAAGAACACCAAGACCCUGCUAUCUGGAUCUGCCUCAGUCGUGGUCAAGCUCUCUGCUGCAGCAGUUGCCACGAUGAUCGUGCCCGUGCCCACCAAGCCAACGGAGGGCCAGGACGUAACACUGACUGUGCAGGGCUACCCCAAGGACCUGCUGGUCUACGCCUGGUACCGCGGGCCUGCCUCCGAGCCCAACCGGCUGCUCAGCCAGCUGCCGUCAGGAACCUGGAUUGCAGGCCCCGCGCACACAGGCCGGGAGGUGGGCUUCCCCAACUGCUCGCUGUUGGUGCAGAAGCUGAACCUCACAGACACUGGCCGCUACACACUCAAGACCGUCACAGUGCAGGGCAAGACUGAGACACUGGAAGUGGAGCUGCAGGUGGCCCGUGAGUGUGUGGGAAGGGGCAAGGCGUGCCCCUUUUUAGACAAGGGCUCCCAAAAGGAGCCUUGGCUUCCUCCAUCAGGCUGGGGGACAUAGACCAAAGAUGGAUACCCAUCCCCCAUCAGGCUGAAGGAAGCAGCCUUG